CAUAAACGAAAAAUCUGUGGUGGUUCUGCGUCUUUAAGUGUUUUCACAAUUUUGGAAAUAUAUUUUAUGUAAAAAGAAUAUAGUUUUGUUCGUUUCAAAAAUCUUUAAAAAAAAAUACAAACUAAAAGUGUUACAAAUGGAGGAGACAGCAUUGGAAAAUGAUAUUAUUGAAACCACCAAUAAAUUAAACAAUGUUUCAAUUGAAGACAUACAAUCACGACACCGCAAGGAGCGCAAAGAAUUGCAGUCUAAAAUUCAAGCUCUUAAGAAAAAUGCACCCAAAUCGGAUAAGAAGAAACGCAAAGAAGUUUUGGAGGAAAUAGCCAAAUUGGAAACAGACCUGGAAAAGAAACAAGAAGAAGAAAUUCAACAGGCGGAAAAUGAAGUUAAAUCAGAACAAGUAAAGUCAGCUCAAGAAGAACCGCCAAACGGUAAUCACAACAAUCAGACGAAUAACGUGGACGAGGAGAUCAAUGAAGAGAAAGAGCCACAACAACGCGUAACUAAAGCACAAAAACGUAGAGACAAGAAGGCCCGUGAAGCACGCCAAAGAGAGGAAGAAAUUAAAGCCUCGGAAGAUGAUGCCAUGUUUGCGCCUAAAUUUGUUGAAGCAAGCAAACUAAAAUCAAAAAUGAAAGAACGCGAAUUAGCUCUAUUCAAUGUACCCUCCGAUGGUGACUGUCUUUACAAUGCCAUACGUCAUCAACUCUUGCAAAAUGGUCUAGCUAUUCUAACCGUUAAGGAGCUGCGCUCCGAAACUGCCAAUUAUAUACAAGCCAACAAAGACUCUCUCAUACCCUAUAUGACCCACCCAGAAUCUGGAGAUUUACUCACAGACGAAGAGUUUCAAAAAUAUUGUGAUGAUGUACGCGACACUCCUGCCUGGGGCGGUCAAAUUGAACUAAAGGCUUUAUCUUCUAUACUCAAAGUGCCAAUUGAAGUUUUGCAAGCAGAUGGUUCACCCACCGUACAGGGGGCCGAAUUCGGUGGUUCUCCAUUGAUAAUUACAUAUCAUCGUCAUAUGUAUAGUUUGGGUGAACAUUACAACUCUACAAUGCCUUUGGCUGAUGCACCCAAUGAAGACGACAAUAAUGAAAAUGGUGGUAAUUGAAUAAAUUGACUAAACGGACAAUUAACGAAUUUAUUGCAUUUAACUACAAAAAACACACAAAUAUUUUGAUAUCUAAACGUAAUCAUAAAACUUUACAGAAAAUGGGCCUACAAUUUAACCAUUACAUAACAUUACAUUAUAAAUGCAAACAGUUUUCAACAAAUAGUCAGCAAUUUUAAAUUGAAUACAUAUACCUACCCUAAUAAAGAGUUGCUUAUUAGUUACAGGAUGGUAACUAAAACAAACGGAGAUAA